AUGGGGACCAGAGAGAGGGGGAGAGAGAGAGAAGGGGAGAGAGAGAGAAGGGGAGAGAGGGAGAGAGGGAGAGAGGGAGAGAGAGACGUCUCCUGCCUCUGACUACGUGGUAGGAUGUGCUUGGGUCACUGGAAAUUGCAUCUGAUGUGCUCGUCUGAACAUGUCAUGCCCCUUCGCCACGCAGAGCCCAUCCGUGUGUUUUCCAAGGGUAACAAAAGUCAAACGCAGGGAAAAAGGAGGCAAUGUUCUCCGCCCUUAGUUUUGGAACCCAUCUUUUGAGUUCCCUCGAUUCUUCUUUCUGAAUUUUCUCAACCGUUGAUCAAAGACGAUCGAGUUACGCUGACUCUCUGUCCCUUUUUUCGGAAUUUUAGUAUAUAUAAUGUUUAAUCGAAGUCUACUGUACUGCUAUCUUGAUCUUCUUCCUCGGAGACUAGAUAUUUCCAACUUGCAGAGAACUACCUGGAAAGCUCCGUUGGGUCUUCCAGAUUCGGCUUUCAGACGCGGGUUCUAUUUUAUACAGAUUUUUUUUCUAAGUCUGGGGGUGGGGGGAGGUGGUGGGCGGAGGGCGGUGGUUUAAUGAGGGGUUUGACGAUGGCGUUUUUCUUAGUCUACGUCUGGAAUUUAUGACGGCGUUUUUCUGAGAAAACUCCGCCCAUUGGGAGUUCGUCUCUUCACCCUCAGGUUGCAGCUCUGCAUCAGCUCGUGAGAAGCCUGCAGGAGGGGGACGUGGUGAGGACCAGCCAUGCCGGAGCGCCGGUUGGCCCGCCUCCACAGCUUCAGGGAGCGCCUCAGCGACACCCUCUCCGCCCACCCCAAUGAGCUGCUCGCCCUCUUCUCAAGGUUCGCCAUCUCUCCCUCUCUCUCUCUCUCUCUCUCAUGAUCACGUUUCUUGUCAGUGGUCUCCGCUACCGAAGUUUGCUAUUGACUGCGAAGCUUUUGUUAUCUGCAUCUGGCAGAAUGAUCGCCGAUUGAUCUGAUCUCUGAUGAACUCAAAUUGACAUACAUUUUUAUCCAUCACCUGCCCUCGGAUGCCCAGGAUUUCAUGAAUUUCUCCCGGAAGAUAGACCCAUUUACAAGAUUAUGCCAAGAUCUCUGUCUGAUGUCUCUGGAUCGGUUCUUCGCAGGUUCUUCCAGCAGGGGAAGACCAUGGUGCAGCCUCACCAGCUGCUUGCAGAGUUUGAAGCAGCGAUCCCCCAUGAGGACAAGGAGAGACUGAAUCAAGGUGUAUUCGGAGAGAUUCUGAGGGCUGCCCAGGUGACCUACUGGAUUUUCACUUCAUCUUCCCAUGACGAAGCUUUAAUGGGGGAGCUCCUGUUCGAUGCAGGAAGCCAUCGUGCUGCCGCCAUGGGUCGCUCUGGCCACCCGCCCGCUGCCCGGAGUCUGGGAGUAUGUCCGCGUUAAUCUGAAGGAGAAGGCUUUGGAGGAGCUGACUGUUGCUGAGUACCUUCAAUUCAAGGAAGAACUUGUCAAUGGAGGGUAAGAAAAAGCUAUGGUUUUUGAUUAAUGUUAGAGGAACCCCAUCACCCAAAAAAUGAUUUUUUAAAUAAUUAUAUAUUUUUUAUUUACACAGCCGUGAUGGCAAUUUUGCUCUUGAGCUGGAUUUCGAGCCCUUUAACGCCUCAUUUCCUCGUCCGUCCCAAUCGACGUCCAUUGGAAAUGGUGUGCAGUUCCUCAAUCGACACCUUUCCUCAAAGCUCUUCGUCGACAGGGACAGCAUGGAACCCUUGAUGAAUUUUCUUCAAAUGCACAACUACAAGGGAAAGGUAUGAUUGGAUCUUUGAAACCUCAUGGAAUUUAUUUGGCAUCUGUUCCAUUAAAAUCCAUAUAUAUAUAUAUAUCUAUAUAUAUAUUUCUCAUCAAUCUAGAGGCCAUUUCUGUGAUGCUUUGAAUUCAGAUGAAACAAUAAUAACUGUAAUUUUGACUAAAUUUCCCCAAAAAAAAAAACAAUUCAGGGGAUGUCUUUGAUGUUUUGGAUUUAGACCACAUAAAGCUGAUUAUCUUUAUCUGAUGUAGAUCUUGUGAGAUUAUGAUCUAAGAUCAUACGGGUAUAGUUAUAUGACAUUAGAUCAGUCAGAGUAUGAUUUCCCCCAGAGCAUAUGGGUGAAAAAUAUCUUCAGUACUUGCAACUAAUCAGACAAAUUCUUGAUCCUGUAGACAAUGAUGCUGAACAACAGAAUCCAAAGCCUGAGUGCCCUCCAAUCUGCAUUGAGGAAGGCAAUGGAUAUACUCCGCAGUGUUCCGACUGAAACCCCAUAUUCAUACUUCGACCACAAGUGAGUAUUUUUAUUUUUAUUUUUUCAUAAUCGAAUAAUUUCUUCGACUUGAUUGUUAUAAACUGCGUGAUGAUUAGAUUCCAAGAACUCGGUUUGGAGAAGGGAUGGGGCAACUGUGCUGCGCGCGUUUCUGCAAAUAUUCAGCUGCUCAUGGAUCUGGUGGAGGCCCCGGAUCCAAACACUCUGGAGAAGUUCUUGGGGACGAUUCCCAUGGUCUUCAACGUGGUGAUCCUCUCUCCACAUGGCUACUUUGCCCAGGCGAAUGUCUUGGGGUAUCCUGACACUGGUGGCCAGGUCAGCAUCAUAUGAUCACCGCCUCUUUCUUUGCUAUAUUUAUCUUCAAGAAUGCUAAUUAUUACCGCUCCAUUUUACAGAUUGUCUACAUCCUGGACCAAGUCCGUGCCCUAGAAAGUGAGAUGCUUACCAGGAUACAGCAGCAGGGGCUCGACAUCACCCCUCGAAUACUCAUUGUGAGUGUGAAAAUAGUGUUUCUUCGAUGAAAAAAUAUAUAUAUAAAGAUUACUUUUUUAUUUCAUCUUCUUUAUUUUCUGCAAGCUUGAACAUACAUUUUGUCAUUAAAAAUAUAAAAUAAUGCUAAUUUUCUAUUCUAUCAUUCCGGGUCAAGUUCGUAUAUUUCUUCUUUGGGUAAAAAAAGGAGUAUAAAAAAUAAAACCAUUUUUCUAUUAAGCCUCAAAUACCAAUUUUCACCUAGAAAAUACAUUUUUUUAGAAUAAAUAAAUAUGAUUUUUUUUCUAUCUUAUCUUAGUUAGUAGCAUGUUGGUCGAUUCUGCUUUCAUUAAAGAUGGUGGCUCUCUGUCUGGUCUAGGUGACCAGGUUGCUCCCCGAUGCUGUGGGAACCACCUGUGGGCAGCGCCUAGAGAAAGUCCUGGGCACAAAUCACACUCACAUCCUACGAGUCCCAUUCCGCACAGAGAAGGGAAUCCUCCGCAAAUGGAUAUCUCGCUUUGAAGUGUGGCCUUACCUGGAGACCUUCGCUGAGGUGGGAAGCCCUCACUACUGGAGGGAAUCAACCCCUUCAUUUCCUGCCAAAAAAAUACAAAUAAAUAAAUUAAUCUCACCUUUAAUGGACCCAAAUCUUUCUAAUUCAGGAUGUCGCGAGCGAGAUCUCCGGAGAAUUACAGGGCAAGCCGGAUCUAAUCAUAGGAAACUACAGCGAUGGAAACCUGGUCGCCUCACUGCUGGCAUAUAAACUAGGAGUGACUCAGGUACGUGUGGGAGGGGACUGUCACAUCUGCCUGCAUCUCGGAAGAGAUCUCUCUAGAUCAUAAUAUCCCCUGUUUUCAUGGUCAGUGUACGAUCGCCCACGCAUUGGAGAAAACUAAGUACCCGAGUUCUGAUAUAUAUUGGAAGAAGUUCGAGGAUCAGUACCAUUUCUCUUGCCAGUUCACGGCUGACUUGAUCGCCAUGAAUCACGCUGACUUCAUCAUCACCAGCACCUACCAAGAAAUUGCGGGAAGGUGUUAUUUUCAUGAUCCAUUGGUGCAUUUAAUGAAGUGAAAUGCUAACUAUCUGUUCCCAAAUGCUGCUAAGUAUGAUUCUUGGUUGCUGUCUCAGUGGGGAGAGUGUGGGACAGUACGAGAGCCACACUGCCUUCACCAUGCCAGGCCUCUACAGAGUGGUCAACGGGAUUGAUGUCUUCGACCCCAAGUUCAACAUCGUCUCUCCAGGGGCUGACAUGUCGAUCUACUUCCCAUACUCAGACCAGAGCAAGCGGCUCACUUCCCUCCACCCAGAGAUUGAGGAGCUUCUCUUCAGUGAAGUGGAGAACGAUGAACACAUGUGAGAAGCCUCUGACCACCCCUUUUUGGCUGACAUUUUGACUAAUACUUGCACGGGUUUUUUCUCACAGAUGUGUGAUCAAGGACAAGAGCAAACCAAUCAUAUUCUCAAUGGCCCGGCUCGACCGGGUAAAGAACAUGACGGGUCUGGUUGAACUGUAUGCCAAGUGCCCCCGGCUCCAGGAGCUGGCCAACCUUGUGGUCGUUUGUGGGGAUCAUGGGAAGGAGUCCAAGGACCUUGAAGAACAGGCUGAGUUCAAGAAGAUGAAGCAGCUCAUCAAAGACUACAACUUAAACGGCCACAUCCGAUGGAUCUCUGCUCAGAUGAAUCGGGUCCGGAACGGUGAGCUCUACCGCUGCAUUGCUGACACCAAAGGGGUCUUCGUCCAGGUAUCUCUACUUUCUUCCUGCUUGACUGUGCUAAUGUAUCUCGGGAUAUAAUCUGAUGGGUGUUUUUCUUUUACUUUAAUAGCCUGCCUUGUAUGAAGCCUUUGGGUUGACAGUGAUAGAGGCCAUGACCUGUGGAUUGCCCACCUUUGCAACAAUGAAUGGAGGACCCAGGGAGAUCAUAGUCAACGGUGUCUCGGGCUUCCACAUUGACCCAUACCAGGGCGACAAGGUGGCUGAAACCUUGGUCAACUUCUUUGUCACUUGCAAGGAAAAUCCCACACACUGGGAGGGGAUCUCACAGAACGGCUUAGAGAGAAUCUACGCGAAGUGAGUCAUCUAUACUUUAAAUUGUUGAAGAAUUAUAUUUCUCGAGUGUGAUUAUUUGUUCUUGGUGGCUUCGACACUUGCUGAAAAUAGGUACACUUGGAAGCUGUACUCAGAGAGGUUGAUGACUCUAUCUGGGGUCUACGGGUUCUGGAAGUAUGUCUCUAAUCUGGAGAGGCGGGAGACUCGGCGCUAUCUGGAGAUGUUCUACAUCCUCAAGUACAGGGAUCUGGUAAGAUUCUGACAGGCUGUCCUCUAUGUUUCCUCAGACCAAUGGGAAAGAUCGAAUAAAUGGGUGAUUAAAGUUUCUAGUCGAGGAGAAACCCAUUAGGGAUUUCCGACUCAAAAAAUGAUUGCUAAUGAAGAUUAUCAAACCUCUCUGCCCUCAAGUACUGGGAUCUGGUGAGAUUCUGAUAGGUGACACUCAUCCUCUCCUUAAAUCCAUGGGAAAGAACCAACUGGUGAUGAAGAUUUCUAAUUGAGAGGGAACCCAUUAAGGAUUUAUAACCGAAAAGGAAUCUGCUGUUUUAUUCAAGAUAUAACUAGAUUUCUCUGUUGCUUACCAUUUGUGAAAUUGUUGCUUCUUCCAGGCUAAAUCUGUUCCACUUGCUGUUGAUGGGGAGCCUGCCAGGUAAUUCACAAACCCAUCAGCUUGAGGAUUUCAUGCUACAGAAAAUAAGGCUCGAGUCAUAAAUCAUGCACGAACUUGGAUUAAUAAUGAGGGCAUGCUUCCCUCAUCAUCACUCAUUCAACCCUUUCCUGACACCCCGUUGUAAUAGACUCUGUCAAUCUCUUUCCUCUAUGAUCUUUGUCCUUCCCCAAAUCUGCUAAGCCGACCCUAUGCACAAAAAGCGUACACAGUCUUACAAAGUCUGUGAAUAAAAUAAAAAUAAAAAUAAAAAUGAGAUUCUCUGUUUCUGAAUCAGUCACUGUUGGACUGCCAUGCUGUCAGUUUCAAAAGCUUCCACAGAACUGUAAAUAAGGGCAUUCAGUUGGAUCUUGGAGUGGCUAACUCCACGCUGAGGAUGAUAUUAUAGUACCCAUAGUAAUUGAGCUUCUUGAUCACCUUCUCCGCGUCCCCCAAGGAACCCAAAGGACCUGCUGAUACCGGUCCUCUGAUCCACAGCAACGUGCAUCCGGUUAAGGAUCCAAAUGCGCGCAGGAACUCCUGCAGGUCGGGCUCCCAGGUGCCCUCUGACAGACUCGCGAUCCCCACGGAAUUCCUGUCGGUUUGGCGCUUUUCAGGCAAGCUUCGCUUGCCUGAACCAGUGUUGCACCAUCAAAGCCUGGAUUGUGGUCGAUGAAUGAUUCACUAGUCGCCCUUCUUAUGGAAUGUUCCGCACACGAUAAGAACAGGGCGGGUUUUCACUGCCAUGAUGAUUCGGGAGUCUUGGCCUCCUCUGCCAUGCUACCGGCAGAAUGGGGAGAAUUCUACCGACUUAAUUUGUUUCUGAAGAAAGAUGAUAAUUCUUUUAAAUGGAACUCUUCGAUUUCAACCAUUAAAUUAAAACAUCAUCUUAGGAAUCAGUCAUCUCCGACAUUAAUAACAGCGAUUAAUGCUCGUACAUUACCUCUGGCCAACUCAAGCAAUCGACAACCAGAUGCCAAUCUUACAUGAAAAUUAGAGUUUUUAGGUCUAUAUCAACAUUAUAUAUGCAGGCUACAGAAAUCAUGACCAGGGAUAUCAUCAAGAAUAUGGCACUCUAAGAUAAAAACUGCACAAUGAUACAACAUCUGCAAGAUGCCGAGAACAUCUCUCUUUGGGGCAGAAUCCACCUACUGAAUGACCUCCGACUUCGAAAUAUUUUCCCCAAGAGCCCGCUCCUUAAUCCAGGGAAGACGGGAUGUCCAAUUCGUACUCAGGAUGUAAAACUAAAGCCAGAUCCUCAAAAUAAUGUUGCUGAAUGUAAGUUCAUCCAUGUGAAAAGAGAGAAUACGCAUCAUUCAUGCCCUCCCCAAAGACGAACUAAUUUUGCUGCAGAGGCGAAGAGAGAAAAACCAGGCUAGGAAGCAGGAGAUGCAAACCUGGUGCGCGGGGGCCUUCAGGGACGAUCUCCUCGGCAGAAGUCACAGAGAUCCGACUCCCUCCAUCCUCACGACAGCCGUCCCCGAUCUCUGGCCCAAUUCCGCCUCUCCAUGGCCUUCUUGCUGCCAUUCACCUUCCCCUUCUCCGCCUCCUCACUGAACCUGGCACUCCGCCACCUUCUUCACCCCGUCUUCAACGGGAUAGACCACAACCGGCGGCAGCAGAAAACCAUGAGUCCUCAUCGAUCUUCUCCCCCUCUCCGCAAAGUUUGGCUCCCCUAUUUAAAUACUUUCGCGGUGACUGGGAGUUUAACCGCCUCCGUCAUCCGUUCGGAUUCUAAUGCCCAGUGAUGAAGCCAAACAGACCCGAUAACACGUUUGAGCCGGUAACCGAUCCAACUCGUUUUUUACAAGUAAUUAUAUUAUUAAAUAUAAAAAUGGGAAAAUACAACGGAUAUAUCCAUCUGGAAAUAUCCCGAAUAUUAUCCCAAUACAGAUGCAACUUAGUUAAUGUUAGGUGGAAUAUACUACAUUUGAAGAUAAUUUAUAAUUAAUUAAAUAUUAGCUAUUAUACUUCUCCAUGAAACUAUUAUUAAAAUGUUUUAAUAUCCGGAAAUUACCGCUUAUUUCAGGGUUUAUUUUUAAAAAAUUGCGAGACCUGGGGAUCUGAGAUGGACUGGGGUUUAAGUGGGCAUCGAGCGGGAGGAAUCCCGCCAAGCGCAUCAGAAGCCGCCGGGGCCACGCCGGGGAGAAGCACCACCAGCAGCGGGAGUAUAUUGAACAGGCGGAGUGUCAGUCCUCGGCUUCUUCUUCUUCUUCUACUACUACUCUUCGUCUUCGUUUUCUUCUUCUCCAGGCGUCAUCAUUUUAUUUUUCUCCAUUCCAUCGGGCUUGGGCUUGGUGAACUGUGAUGAUGCCGUAUCAUUCGCUUCGUUUCUCUUGAUUCUGUUUAAUUUUUUUGGUUUUCCUCUUGGUCUAUUGCUGGUUGUGCGUGAUUAUUUGUUUUGACUUUUUUCAGCAAUUUCGAUGGGGAGUUCGGCCAGAAGAAUCAACGUCGAUAAGGCUGUUGCUCUUGGUGAUGACCUGAUCGCGGUCCUUAAUAUGAAAAGAGAGAGUGACAGCUUGAUGGAGUGCCUGGAAGGAGCGGAGACGCUCCGAUGUUCAUGGGAAGCUGAGUUCUGCGAGGUUCAGAGUUCAAUAGAAGGUUUAGUGCGUUUGCUUUUCCUCGUAAUGUCUGCUUAUCUUUUUUACCAUUUUAAUUUCCAUUAUCUUGUGCAUUAAAUUUAAAUGGGCCUCUUCAGCUUUCUGGAUUUCACGUAGGUCUUUUCCCAAUGCUAUGCUUUGGAAAUACUUAUUGUAUAUCCAUAUGAACUACUUCCUCAUAACUUGUAACGUGAUAAAUUUCUAUAAAUAUUCUGUAAAUUUAUCAUAUUUAAGGCCAAUAUUUCGACUCUAAUAUUUGUUCAUUAUUGCCAGAGGGCGCCUAAGAUACGUCUCCAUUGAGAAACCUAAAAAUUAAGAUGCGUCUCCAUAGGAGCUCAUGACUGUAAAGUGGAUCGACUGGGGAUGUAAUUCUAAGAGAGUAGGACCACUAUUUACACCAUUGUUGUGAGUAUCUUUGCUCUGUGCUUACUAAUAAAUUUGCUCACGAGUCCUGUGAUGAAAAAGUCCACAGCUUUCAGUGAUGAGGAUGUUAUAAUAACCUUUUCUGUUACAUCAGAAAAGUGCAUUGUAACUAGCAAUAGAAACUUUACAUUAGGAAAGAAAUAUAUCAUAACUGGUCAUGGAAGAGCUAGGAGUUGAUUUCACCGUUGAUUGACUGCCUCGGCGCGUGGGUCUUCCUUCCAGCAUAUACUUUAAAAUAAGUCUCAUCAUGUGCAUGCAUUUUCAUGUCAGUUCCCACAUAUGGUCCCUUUUCACUGGAUUCAAUAACAAAUUCUUUUGAGCUAUAGUCUUGAAACUUCAGUUCAAUUUAAAAUUAUAUUUGGUCCAACUGAAAUUUGAUUGUUUCUAAGGGAUCAAACAUGAUUCUAUUCGCUCUUCAUUUCUUUUGUCCAGCAUGUGAGUGCCCUGCACCGGAUUAGGGUAAUAGUGAAUGGGUUAUGCUAUCUAUCUUGUUGAAGUCCAAACAUAUCACACGGCAAUUUAGUUAAUUUUUUUCAAUUCAGUAGAUUAUCGUAUCCUGUCCUAUUAAGAUAUGAUUGUAUUCUUAAUGGUUCACUGCGAGGCCAAGUGAUUUGUUAAGAUAUAUUGAUGAGUUCAUCAAUUUUUCUGACUUUUCACCUGUUAAUUUCCUCUUACUUGGACUUUAACUGUCAUUUCUGA